ACAGUCCUGCGCACCGUCUUUCUUCGCAUAGCGCCCCUCAGAUCAGUCAGGGCCACGUGCAGGUCUAAGUCUUUUUCAUUUAACCCCCUUUCUUCCAUUCCAUUAUCCGUGUUUUAUCGCAAGACGUCACACACACCGAAACCAUGGUGAAAUUGGCAAAGGCUGCGAAAAAGCAAGCGACUCCGAAGAAAAAGGCUCCACCACCUCCGAAAGAAGUGGAGGAAGAGUCUAGUGAAGAAGACAGCGAAGAGGAGGAAGAGGUACCUCCCCCUAAGGCCGUAGCAAAGAAGUCUGCAGCUCCAGUCAAAGCAGCUAAAAAUGGAAAGGUAGCGAAAAAAGAGGAAAGCGAGGAAGAUGACGAUGAAGAUGACGAUUCAGGUAAGCAAGCGGAAGAAUCCGAGGAAGAGGCUCCACCCCCGCCAAAGGGCAAAGCCAAACCGGCCAAGGCCGCACCCCCAAAGAAAGCUGCCGCCGCCCCAGCACCAGCUGCAGAGUCUGACGACGACGACGAUGAUGACGACGAAGAGGAUGAUGAAUCUGAAGAGGAGGCCCCUCCCCCAAAGAAGGCCACUCCUGCAAAGCCCCCAGCAAAGGCCACUCCAGCAAAGGCAACUCCUGCUAAGGCAGCUCCGGCAAAGGAGGAGUCAGAAGAGGAUGAUGAUGAUGAGGACGACGAUGAUGAUGAUGAAGAAGACUCCGAGGAUGAGAAGAUGGACACAACGCCUGCCCCCGCAGCAGCCAAGGCGAAAAAAGCUGGCAUGGUGAAGGCCAAGGAGGAGUCUGAAGACGACGAGGAAGAUGAUGACGACGACGAUGAUGAUGAUGAGGAAGAGGAGGAUGAUGAAGAGGAAGCCCCAGUGACUCCUGCUAAGAGGAAGGCCGAGUCCAAGAAGGAGACUCCUCCCGCCAAAAAGGCGAAGUCUGAGGGUGAAGGGUUCAGCCUCUUUGUCGGCAACUUGAACUCGGGCAAGGACUUUGAUGAAAUCAAACAGGGCCUGAAGAAUUUCUUCUCCAAGAAGGAUCUCGAAGUUCAGGAUGUUAGGGUUGGAUCGUCAAAGAAAUUCGGAUACGUGGACUUUGCAACGGAGGACGAUUUGCUCAAAGCCCUUGAACUGAACGGGAAGAAAAUAAUGGGCCAGGAAGUGAAACUGGACAGGGCACGGAGCAAGGAGACGUCCAUGGAAGGGAAAAAAGAGAGAGACGCACGAACCUUGUUCGUGAAAAACCUGCCGUUCUCCGCCACACAGGAGGACCUGAAGGAGGUCUUCGACCAGGCAGUAGAAAUCCGGGUACCCCCCGGACAGAACGGAUCCAACAGAGGGAUCGCUUAUGUGGAGUUUAAGACUGAGGCGAUCGCAGAGAAGAUGUUGGAGGAGGCACAGGGAGCGGACGUCCAGGGCCGUUCCAUCAUCGUCGACUACACAGGAGACAAGAGCCAGAAGGGAGCCAGAGCCCCAGCUGCCAAAGGAAAGACGCUGGUGGUGAACAACCUGGCGUACAGCGCUACAGAGGAGAUCCUCCAGAGCACCUUCGAAAAGGCAGUCUCCAUCAGAAUACCACAGAACAACGGCAAGCCAAAGGGGUUCGCCUUUGUGGAGUUCGAGAACGAGGACGACGCAAAGGAGGCCCUGGACUCCAUGAACAACUCCGAGGUUGAAGGCAGGACCAUCCGGCUCGAGUUCAGCCAGAACAGCGGUCAGAAGGACGGAGGCAGAGGAAACUCUGGACCCACAAAGACGCUCUUUGUCAAAGGCCUGUCAGAGGACACCACAGAUCAGACCCUGAAAGAGUCCUUUGAGGGAGCCACCGCUGCCAGGAUCGUCACAGACCGCGACACCGGCUCGUCUAAAGGGUUCGGCUUCGUAGACUUUGAGAGCGAGGACGACUGCAAGGCCGCCAAGGAGGCGAUGGAGGACGGCGAGAUCGACGGGACCAGGGUCACGCUGGACUACGCGCGGCCCAAGGGCGAGGGCGGCCAGCGGGGCGGCCGCGGCGGGUUCGGGGGCGGGUUCGGUGGCGGAUUCGGCGGGCGCGGCGGCGGCGGGAGAGGAGGCCGCGGCGGGUUCGGUAGAGGCGGCGGCGGCGGCUUCAGGGGAGGAAGAGGAGGAAACCGCGGAGGAGGCCGUGGAGGUUUCGGAGGAGGACGAGGUGGUGGAUUUGGAGGCGGUGGUGGAUUUGGAGGCAAGCCCCAAGGAAAGAAGAUUAAGUUUGACGAUUAAAAAAAAAAAAAAAUCUGUAAAUUUUUACUUUUUUGAAACGGACUCUGUUUUCAUCUUCAUAUUUCUCCAUGCGCUGACAGAGCCUUUUGGACAUUCCAGAAAGAGCGUCUGAUUUAAAUGUUCUGGCCGCCCGAGCACCUCCCCCUUUCCUCCCCCCCACCCUGUAGCUGAAGAGAACCGCGAGUUCUGAAAUGUCCGUUGCCUGUGUGCAUUUUCAUAAUUUGACCUUCUUUUCCUUUUUUUUUUUUUUUUCUUUUCCAAAGGAGUAAAAUGGAAUGCGUUGGCAAACCCACAGUGAAAAUGCGUUGGUCUAGGUACACAUUGUACAUGCAAUUUAUAGUUUCAUUUUACCUUUUGUAAAAAAGUGACGUUUCCUUAUGUGUGUUCUUGUUUCGUUUUUUUUCCACUGUAAAUGCAAAAAAAUUUUACCAUGUGUAAAGCAUAUUGUAAUGGAUGGAAGAUUAAAUACACCCAAGCUGUUUUGGGUAUUUAGAAUCUCUGGGAAUUUGUCUACUGUGAUGUUUGGGUUGGGUAGUUGGUUUUGAUGGGUUCAUAAAUGGAAUGAAGACUAAUGCUAUUUAAACUUGAUUUGGCAAUUCUGAUAAUUCUAGUACUCUAUUUACUAAAGUAGUUUCAGUUUCAUUGCCAAAAAGAAAAA